UAAGAUGAGAAUUUUCUUUUAUAUCUGUGGACUGGUUCUACUUUUCAUCACACAAUGCGAUAAUCGGAAUAUCCAUUGUCCCGAAUUGCCAGAGAAGGCACUCAGAGCCAUUCUAGGAGCAACCUACAACGCUCGAUACAUGAGAAUUGAGCUCCCGAUGGAAGAUGAAACCGGACGUGGAGGAGCUAAACGCGCCUCCGGACACGAUGACCAAGACUUUUAUAUCGACGAAAAUGAUGAGGAGCAGAAUCCUUACGCUGGUAUUCCAGCCUGGGAAGUGGAUCACAUCGAAAUAUCAAAAAAUAGAAAGAAGCGACAUCAACCUAAGCCACCGAAAAAACGAAAUGCACGUCAAGCCUUAAUUGACAAAGUGACAAAAUCAUCAUCAAAACAAGAUGUCUUUCAAUCGAGACCCUGGGAUUGUAAGGCAGAGAUUCAUUGGAUGGACCUGGGCCCAGAUUACUUCCCACGUUACAUUCGAACGAUUCAGUGUAAGAAGAAAAAUUGCUGGUAUGGUCAUUACACCUGUAAGCCGAGAUGGUUUAGUGUGAAAGUACUGCGACGCAGCACUGGACAAUGUGCUAAGAUAAAUAGUAAAUUUCGAAUAGUCACAAUGGACGAAGUGACAGGUGAUUACGCUGAGCAAUGGGAAUUUGUUGAGAAGGCCGUGACGUUUUGUUGUGAUUGUGUAAUGGAUUAUUAGUACCUUUUUUUAAAUUUUUGUUUCAAUUCAAAUUUUAUUUAAGUUAUUGUUUUUUUUUUUUUAAAUUAUUAUGGUGGAAAAAUUGUUAAAUUGUACAUAAGAUAAAAUGUUUGGUUUUUUCGUUUGGGAUGUUGUAAAUAAGAAAUAUUUAUUCGUAGGUUUUAAAACAAAUAAAUUAUACAAUAAAAUAAUGAUUUUUAGUAAUUCGUGCAUUUUUAUUUACA